AUGACGGUCACACGCAAGCCAAACAGGAAGAAGCCCCUUCUCUUCUUUACAUCAUUCCCGGGCGAAGGCCAUACAAACCCCGUACUCGCCAUCGCGGCGUCUCUGGUCGCCAAAGGGUACGAGGUCGUCUACCUCUGCUCCCCUGGCUACCGCGACAGGAUCACAGAAGCGGGUGCCGAGUUCAUCGAGCUACCAUGGGAGCUGAGAGGCCAGUCCAUCGAGGAAAGGAUGCUUCUUGAAAAGGUACCAAUCGGCUUGGAUCGGGCCGCAAAGCAGCUUUCCCACGUUUUCUACAAGGACCUGAGAAUCCGGGUAGAGGCCGUUACGAGAGCGCUCGAGGAUCUGCGCGCCAGAGAUCCGAGUCGACAAAUCAUCAUGGUCGAGGAUGGUCCCAACAUGGGCGCCAUGCCCUUUCGCUACGGCAGGCCUCUGCCGCGGGGCUUCAGCGAAAUGCCCAAGACGAUUGGCAUCAGUCCGACGCCCCUCAUGCUGCGCAGCCAGGACACGGCACCGUUCAUUCUCGGCCUCCCGCCUGACUCAUCGCAUUCGGGCAGACAGCGGAACGAGUGGCUGCACCGGCUUGUCCAUGAUGGGCCCUUUAAGCCGCUCGUCGAGGCCUGGCAGAGAGCCCUUGAUGAGUGUGACUGCACAGUGGUCCCAUCCGGCAGUCCAUUGAGUGCCUGGCAUGAAGGCUAUGACAGCCUGGUGAUGCUAUGCUCGCCGAGUCUCGAAUAUGCACUUUCAGACAUUCCUAGCUCGGUCGAGUUCGCGGGAUGCCUGCCCCGGCGCGGCAUCGCAAAGACAAUCCAGUAUCCAGAGUGGUGGUCAGAGGUCACCCAAAACGCGCAACGCGCGGACAGAAAGAUCAUCUUCGUUUGCCAAGGGACAGUCAACGUAGAUUGGAGCGAGCUGGUUAUCCCAACGAUAAAUGCCUUUGCAGGCCGAGAAGACGUGCUGGUCAUUGCCGCCCUCGGCCGUCGCGGAACAUCUCUCGAGCACGAUGCCGUCACAGCGCCGAACAUACACGUCAUCGACUACAUCCCGUACGACGCCGUGCUUCCUCUCGCAGACGUGUUUGUUUCCAACGCCGGAUACGGCGCCUUUUGUCACGCGGUGACAAACGGCGUGCCCGGCGUGUUCGCCGGUCAGACGGAAGACAAGAGCGAGGUGGCGAUGCGUGCCGAAUGGGCUGGCUUCGCGGUCAACAUGCGCCGGCAGCGCCCGGGCGUCGAGCAGCUACGCGAGGCCGUGGAGGAAGUGUUUGGUGAUAAGCGGUUCAAGGCCAAGGCACUUGAGCUCAAGGCGGAGAAUGAGGCGCUGGACUCUAUGGCGCGCAUCGAGCGGGUGGUUGAGCGCUGGACUGAGUGA